GACUCAUUGGUCACAUGAGUCAUAAGAAAAGUUUGAUGUCCCAGCCAAGGUUUCAGACAAAGUUUUAGAAAACUUAAUAGAAGUUUUGAAAGUGCAGUGAUUUGAGAUGCGCAAAGUUGUGUGGCUUCUUCCAGCAGGGAAACAACACAAAAAACUGACCAGCUGGAAUAUCAAUACAGUUAAUGACUCUUGACAGAUUACAGUCGGGAAUCUGAAAGUUUGUUUUGCGACUGGAUGUGUGAGAGAAGAGAAAACAACUUUUAAAAUACAGCGACUGAACUGUGAGCACGUAUCUUUGUUGGGCGUCCUUUUGGGCAAGGAAUAAAAGCCUCAAAAGUUCGCCCUCGAAUUACCAAGAUUGAGCUUUUAAACUUUAGUGUAGUUUUUAAAAGAAGAAGAAAAAAAUACUGAGGAAAAAUAAUAUAUUCGACUUCUUGGAGUACUGUUUUAAAACUGGCAUCUGAUUUUUACUUUUUGUUGGAUUUAAAUAAAGGGGACAUUUCGUUUCUGAUUUUUUUCUUUUUUCUUUUGGUGAACUCGGACACCAUAGAGUUUUUUGUUGUUUUGGAAGCAUGGAUCCGAGCCAGCACACUCCUCCAGUGGGCCACCAGAUCAUCCAUGUCCGGGGCGACUCGGAGACCGAUCUGGAAGCGCUAUUCAACGCUGUCAUGAACCCGAAAACUGCCAACUUGCCCCCUUCAUUGCCCAUGAGAAUGAGGAAACUUCCCGAUUCCUUCUUCAAGCAACCCGAGCCAAAGUCGCAUUCCAGACAAGCUAGCACAGACGCUGGCACAGCCGGCAGCCUCACCCCCCAGCAUGUGCGGGCACACUCCUCGCCUGCCUCCCUGCAGCUGGGUACAGUGUCCCCCGGCUCAAUCACAGGAACAAUCCCUCCUGGUGCGCCCCCACAACACCUCCGGCAGUCCUCCUACGAGAUCCCCGAUGAUGUGCCACUGCCUCCUGGCUGGGAGAUGGCGAAAACCCCUUCCGGGCAGCGAUACUUUCUCAACCACCUGGAUCAGUCAACGACCUGGCAGGACCCCAGGAAAGCCAUGAUGUCCCCGAUGAAUGUCGUAGCUCCUGCCAGCCCUGUGCCCCCAGUGCAGCAGAACAUCAUGAACCCAGCCACAGGCCCACUUCCCGAAGGCUGGGAACAAGCUAUAACCCCUGAGGGAGAGAUUUACUACAUCAACCAUAAGAGCAAGACCACCUCCUGGCUGGACCCGAGGCUGGACCCACGCUAUGCCUUGAACUCUCAGCGGAUCAGCCAGAGUGCCCCCACGAAGCAGGCGCCGCCCCUGCCACCCCAGAGUCCUCAAAGCGGGGUGAUGGGCAGCAACAGCCAGAUGCGCCUCCAGCAGCUGCAGAUGGAGAAGGAGAGGCUGAGACUGAAGCACCAAGAACUGCUUCGGCAGGUGAGGCCGCAGGAAUUGGCUUUGCGUAACCAGAUCCCAACAAGCAUGGAGCAGGAUGGCGGCUCCCAGAACCCUGUCUCCUCCCCCGGGAUGUCCCAAGACGUCCGGACAAUGACGACCAACAGCUCAGACCCAUUCCUUAACAGCGGGACUUACCACUCCAGGGAUGAAAGCACAGACAGUGGACUGAGCAUGAGCAGCUACAGUGUGCCCAGGACGCCUGACGACUUCCUUAACAGUGUGGAUGAAAUGGACACAGGCGACUCCCUUGGUCCGAGCGCCAUGGCCACGCAGCCUAGCCGCUUCCCAGACUACCUUGACGCCAUCCCGGGCACCAACGUGGACCUGGGCACCCUGGAGGGCGACAGCAUGGCAGUGGAGACCGAGGAGCUGAUGCCCAGCCUGCAGGAGGCGCUCAGCUCCGACAUCCUGAACGACAUGGAGUCUGUGCUGGCAGCCACCAAGAUCGACAAAGAGAGCUUCCUCACGUGGUUAUAGAGGAAGGCAAGCAUCCUCCCCUUUCCCACAUACCCCACUGCAUGUGCGGGUCUCCUCACAAAAACUGCUGCCUAACAAAAUCUGUGGAGGAGAUGAAGAUGAUUACUGUUCCUUUUUUAUGUUUUUUGUAUCACAUUUCAGUCUUUCAGGACUUGUUUCCUUUUCUGUGAAAGAUGUUUCCUUUAUUGAUAUAUAAAAAGAAAAGGGUAAACAAGACAUAUGUGGAGGCAAUUCUGCUUUUCUUCUUUGUCCUCAAAGGCUGGCCUAUGAAUUGACACUUUAAGGGCCCCCCAAAUCUUUAAGCCUCUGUUUUUUUAUGUUUUGGACACUUACUGGUUCAAGUAUUGAGCCCCGAUGAGCAGAACUGGGCCAGUGUGGGUAUUACUUAGUAUGUAUGUGUUUUGCAGACCUUUGCAAAAGUAACCAACAAUCUUCUGUGUUCUCUGCCUCACAUUUGGCCAAAAUCAUCAAUACCAGAAUUGAUAUACAUUGGGACGUCCUACUACUCCAGUUUCAGCAUUUAAAAACAUAUUUUGUUUAUUCCUUUUCUUUAUUUUGUGUGUGCCUGAGAAACCAAAAAUGACGUAUCUGAACAAGCGAAAUGGAACUCUUCUCAGUACUGAUUUGGGAGUCCAGAGACGACGCCCAGUUUUGAUGAUCUCACUGCCGCGAUGGGAGGGGCUUAGUGUUCAGAUCCUGCUGCUUGGCUGGGCCAGCAUGUUUCUUUUUCUUAGAUGUGUCCUCAUCAAAUCAAGUGCCUUCAAUUGUAUUGUUUUUUUUUUUUUUGGGGGGGGGGGGGGGGACAAACAUAUAAUGCAUCAUAAAUCAGUAUAUUAGAGUAAGAAAUAUUAAUAUGAUGCACCAUGAAUGUUCUUUCACAUUCUACAGUAUAAUCAAAAUUAUAUUUCUGCCAAGAUCUGUUUUAAACAUUUUAAGAUAGUGGUUUUAUGAGAAAUAUAUAGUAAUGGGUAUUUGGUGAUCUUAAAAAAAAAAAAAAAAAAAGUGAAAAAAACCCUUGCUUCUUUAUUUUACAUAGUCUUAUUUAAGUCAGAUGUGUCCUUGUGUUUUAUCUGGUUUCCUUUUUUUAGUAUGAUUCGUGUACAUUCAUGCCUUGCAUACAUUGUUAGUUGAAACAUAUAUACUAGAUGAAACCUUCUUCGUAACCUUUUUUAGUUGCUAUUUUAAUGGAUGGUUUUUUAAAAGAAAGACUUUUCAGCACAUUACUGUGGGGCUGAGUUAUUAGGAUGUUGUAAGAGUUGGGUUUGCUACCCCUUCAGAAUCUGUCCUAGUUCUGUGUAGAAAUGAAGAGGCUCUAUCGCCAGGAUGUAAUGUUAUAUACAUCUCAAGUAUAAAACAGAACGAAACACCCUGCUUGGAACACCUGCUUUCUGAUAGCUGAUAUGAAUCUCACAAAAUACAGCAGCAGUGCUGGAAAUAUUUUGUAAAAAUGUUUAUUAAAACGACACGCCUGUCAACUAUUUUUCCAUUAAAAAAAAAAAAAAGAUGUAUUCCGACAGCCGUAUCUUAGAAAGUGAAGAGAAGGAAAAUGGGUCGUGGUCUGGCUGUUAUGACCUUGCGGUGAUACUCUACAGAAACAUUUCUAUCCAUCCUUGCGAACUCUUGCCAUGUAAUGUGCUGAAGCUCGCUCAUUGAAGACUGUAAUGCAAGUGUAUGUUGGUUGGAGGAUUGGGUCGCCGAGUGUGCAAGUGUAUAGCAGCAGUUAGCUGGGGGCUGAUGGUUAUAUUGAGAAUAUGCACGUAUGGAUUUUAGCAGGUAGAGAUGUUUGAUAUGAAAAUAUAUGCAGGAUUUGUUUUGGUUUUUUUUUUUUUUUUAAUCACGGCUUCCAAAGAGUAUUUUUUUUCUUUUUUAUGAGCAACAACAACAAAGUACAGUAAUUGUAUAAUCAGCCUUGUUUUUUGUUUAGUUUUGUAUAAGCUAAUGGGUGGUUUAGGUAUUCUGUUCAGUGCCGCCAGGUCCUGGUGUGUAUUUUUAGAAGUAUGUACGGAUGGAACAAGGUGAGAAGCCUUGUUUAUUUAAUGUUAAGGAGUUGUAUUCUUUUUAUUUUUGGCCCUGUGAGCGAAGUUUUUUUUUUUUUCAGGAAGUGGAGUACAAAAGGCCAUUCAGAUGAACAAAAUGUAUUUUAUCUGCUGUUUACAUGUUAAGAGAAGAACAACGAAAACACUUCAGUGGACUUAAAACGCCACCUGUUUUUAAAAAGAACAAAAAAAAAACACUUCCUAUUGUUCACACUACACAUGAUGACUGUCGUUUACAUUUAAAUAGAACUCUAAAAUAAUUCACUACAUUCUCUGUAGCAACAAAAAUAUAGGCCUCUUGUAAUUAUAUUAUUGUGAUAUACUUUUUUCUUUUCAUAAAACUGUGACCCCCUCCCCCAUUCCCAGUCCUCUCCUCUCCUCCCCACCUUACAAUAAAGCAAUCAUUGGAGGGGUGUUGAUUGUGGCAAUUAAUAAGACAAAGUUCUCCAGUGUUACCAUGGAAAUCAGGAGCCUAUGGCUAUUUUUAAUUUUUUUUAAAACAUUUAAGAGCAUAGUAUCUGUAAAAUGGUGGAGGUUUAAAAUAACAAUAUAACAAGCAGUCAGAGCUGAAGCAAUGCAACAAAGAAAAGCAAAGUAUCUUCCGAACAAGUGGUUGUACAGCACUGUCUUUGCACGUGUCUAUGGAGCUAUUGCUAAACGGUAUUUUUUUGUUGUCACUUAAGCAUGGUUUUAUGCAAGCUAGUGUGUGCUUGCCAGCAUGUGUAAUAGUUGUUGACCUGUCUCUGUGUCUAGAGGUAGUACUAAUCACGUUUUAAAGGUUUUGUAUUAGAGAAUUCCUAAAUGCACACACAUUGAAUUUGUAUUCAAUAAUGGAUGUUUUGAUUCUUUUUCUUUUUCUUAGAUGUAUGAGCAUGCCAGUAUGUUAGAAGCAUACAUUCUGUUACAUUAUAUCUCUUUAUAUAAGACUUUUAAAAUUGGCCUCUGUUCAUAUGGAAUAAAAUAUAUACUUUGUGGUAAAA